AAGAUAAACCCAAAAAUAAAAUAAAAAAUUGCGAAAAAACAAGAGAGUAUUAAAGGGUAAUGAAUCCAUCUGAAGAUGUAAUUUUCGAGAUUUUGACAAGAUUACCUGUAACUUCUUUGAUAAGGUUCAAAUGCGUUUGCAAAUUCUGGUAUUCUCUCAUCAACAACCCUAAUUUCAUCUCGAAGCAUUUGUAUAACCUAAAUAACAAACAAAAUCAUCUUCAUUUGCUAAUUAGUCGUCGUGGAAACAUUACAAAUAAAAGGAUCCUCUCAUUGUCACAAAAUGACACAUUUGAUGUUUUCAUCAAUCAAGAUUUUCCAGAAUACUUCAAAGACAAAUUUAGUCACAUAAGACUUAUAGGUCCAUGUAAUGGCAUUGUUUGUUUAUGUGGUUAUCCAGAUAACAUUGUUCUAUGGAAUCCAUCAAUUAGAGACUACAAAAUAUUACCUCAAUCACAAAUUCAACGUCUUGUUGGAUCAACAGUACGUGGGAGUGAUUUUGGAUUAGGGUUUGAUUCGAAGAAAAACAAUUAUAAGGUAAUACAAAUUUUAUUUUGUCUAUCGAUUGAUCGUGUUUUUGUUUAUCAAGUUGAGAUAUACUCUUUGAAUACAAAUUCUUGGAAGAAGUAUAAAGGGAUUGUGCCAUCUAAAAUAAAGUAUGGUAAUACUUCAUGGAGUAUGGUAUAUGAAAAUGAGAUUUUUUGUUGGUUAGGUCAAGAUGUUGAUAAUCAUGAGGUGAUACUUUUAUUUAACAUGAGUGAAGAGAUUUUUCAAAAUAUUAAGUUACCAUCAAAUAUUGGAUUUUUUGGAGAGCAAGAAAUUAUGAGGAGUGUUUGGGUGAUUGUGCCAUUUAAAGAAUCAAUUUCACUUAUUGUUUAUUGUUUAAAAGAAGUGGAGAAGUAUUAUGAUAUAUGGGUGAUGAAUAAUGAAAUGGGAGUUGAAAAUUGUUGGACUAAAUUGCAAAGAAUUGGUCCUAUUUCUAGGGUGGAAAGGCCUUUAGGGUUUUGGAAAAAUGGUGAGCUAAUUUUGGAAAAUAGCUCUGGACAAUUAGUGAUUUAUGAUCCUUCAAAUCAAGAAAUGAAGACACUUGGAUUUUAUGGGAAAAGAGGCAAGCUGGAAAUAGUUGUUUAUAAGGAGAGUUUAGUUUCAGUCAAUUGAUAUCGUAGAUAAGGUCUACAUACAUCCCACUCGAUCCUCAGACUCCACUAUAUUGUUGUUGUUGUUGUUGUUGAUAUUGCUUCUAUGUGAAUAGCAGUGGAGACAAAUUUAAAAUCUAGAAUCAAUGAGUUGAAAAUGAAAAUCGUGUUAAUUUAUGUAUAUAUUUAGAUGUCUUUUGGUGUAUGUAUGUAGGAUUCAAGAUGAAAGGAAUGGAUUUAAUUAAUUGAACUCACAGAUCCUAUCCAUAAUGCACUCGCUUUUGAAACAAUAGUAUAUAUUUUUCAUAGCUUUAUGAACCCUUGAAGUUGAUGUGAAGCUAAUUUCUUCUUGUACAUAAAUAUGAGUCCGGAGACAAA